AUGUCUUCCCACAACAAGCUCCCAAGUCUUCGCCCUGAAGAUGGCUCACCACGCGGUAGUGAGGACACCCGCGGUAGAGAGGCUACCCGCGGUAAUGCGGGCACUCGUGGUAGUGAGGGCACUCGUGGUAGUGAGGGCACUCGUGGUAGUGAGGGCACUCGUGGUAGUGAGGGCACUCGUGGUAAUGAGGGCACUCGUGGUAGUGAGGACACCCGCAUAGGGCAGCUACGGCCAUUGGCGCUGAGGCUGGAGCCGCGCCCUAUGACUCGUGUCACGCACGAGUCCCGCGAGACAUGUGAGCAUUGCGACGAGAUUCCCCAGACUCUUCACGAGGCUUUUCUAGCUCGAGAAGAAGCUCGUCUUGCCCGAGAAGAAGCUCGUUUAAUUCGAGAUGAAGCUCGCUUAGCUCAGAUUCGUGCUCAAACGGAGAUCCAAAAGGAGUCGCGACAUAUCCGAGAAGAGAUGCACAAGAUGUGCGCAGAGAUCUACCAACUAAAACAGUCUAAGAUGAACGAGCCAACGCCCUCGCAGAGCACCUCUUCUAAGGCUUCCACGAUUUCUUUCCCUCUCGAUAGCCCUAAAACCCCAAAGGCAAUAGAAGAUCCGGGUUCAAUUAAAGACCAAGAAGAUCCGGAUUCAAUUAAUGACCAAGAAGAUAAGGAGGAAUCACAGUAG